GUGUGGUGGCGGCAAUAGUACUCUGUGUAUAUGUUCUUGCAUUAGGCAAGGAGUGAUAAGCAAGAAGAGAAGUCCUUUGUAAAGGACUAAACUUGUGGGAAGACUGAAAGUCACGAUCCGGACACAUGGCAACUGCAGGAAAGGUGAUUAAAUGCAAAGCCGCAAUCAUCUGGGAAGCUGGCCAAAUGCCUUCUGUGGAGGAGGUGGAGGUGGCACCACCAAGAAGCCAUGAAAUCCGAGUGAAGAUAGUGGCCACUGGGAUCUGUAGGACAGAUGAUCAUGUACUGAAAGGCAUUUUUCCAAACAUAGACUACCCAGUUAUUGCAGGUCACGAAGGAGCUGGAAUAGUUGAAAGUAUUGGACCAGGAGUCACUUCUGUAAAGCCAGGUGACAAAGUCAUUCCUCUUUGUAUUCCCCAGUGUGGAGAGUGUGGCUGCUGUUUAAGUCCUAAAGCCAACUGCUGCCUCAAGUCCCACCUCUGUGAACCUCUUCAAAAUUUGAUGCCAGAUAAGACCAGCAGGUUCACCUGCAAAGGGAAACAGAUCCACCACUUCCUAUGGACGAGCACAUUCUCCGGAUACACAGUUAUGCCUGAGGUUUCCAUUGUAAGAAUCGACAAUGAUGCUCCACUGGAUAAAGUCUGCCUCUUUGCCUGUGGGUUUUCUACUGGCUAUGGAGCUGCAGUCAAUUGUGCCAAGGUUGAGCCAGGCUCUACCUGUGCCAUCUUUGGCUUGGGAGGUGUUGGUCUGUCUGUUGUCAUGGGCUGCAAAGUUGCUGGAGCAUCCAGGAUUAUUGGGAUUGACAUCAACAAAGAUAAAUUUACUAAGGCCAAAGAGUUAGGAGCCACAGAAUGCAUCGCUCCUCAAGAUUUCAAGAAGCCCAUGAAUGAGGUUCUGGUAGAGAUGACAGGUCUUGGCGUGGACUACGCAUUUGAAGUGAUUGGAAGCACAGACAUUGCGGUCACUGCCCUUAAAUCCUGCCAUUUGGGCCAUGGCACCUGUGUGCUUGUUGGGGCACCUCCUGCAGGAUCGCAGCUCUCCAUCGACCCUACUCUGCUCCUCACAGGAAAGAAAUUAAUAGGAUGCUUGCUUGGAGGCUGGAAGUUAAAAGAUGCUCUCCCUCAACUGGUUUCUGAUUACAUGAAAAAGAAAUUUAAUACGGAUGCAUUAAUAAGUCACACGUUGCCCUUUGAGAAAAUUGCCGAAGGCUUUGAGCUUUUACAUGCAGGAAAAAGUAUUCGCUGUGUUUUGUUGUUUUAAACUUCCAGAAGCAUCUAGCAAGAGGGGCCACAGCUGAAUACAACUUGCCAUCCUGCAGAUCAUUUGCAUCCCUCCCUCCCCAAAUUCAGCUGAGCUUUUAUUGAAAUGGUUGAGGGUUUACAACCAAUACGAGUUGAGAAGCAAAUGUAGGGGAAACAUGUAAUCCUUAUAUCCGUUAUUGUAGCCUGCAAAUGCAGGGUGCGGGUACUUUUAAGAUGUUGCUAGAGCCCUCUGGUGUCCAACUAGCAACUUUCCCAACCAGUUCACCAUCACCUGUUGCAAUGAGCCAUUGUGAACACACUACACAUUUAAAACGCUAUCACACCACUUUAACAAUCAUGACUCACAGAGCUACAAUUCCAAGACCCCUUAACAAACUAGAGUUCCCAGGAUUUUUUGGAGGGGGGAACAAUGUGCUUUGUGUGUGCUUUAAAUAUACAGUUUGCUUGUGACCUUGACCCUUUCUGCAUGAUGAGGGUUCCCAUUUAAAGCAGCCUAUGCACUUAUAACACCCUUUAGACCUUUCACUCAGUGCUGGACUAACAAAUUUUCUGAUGGGCUACAGUGGAUAAUAACUAAAUUAAACCUUCAGAUUUAGUAGGGGGGUAUAUCCCUAAGAAUACCACCAUAUCCCUCCAAAUAUAACCCACCCCUGAAUACAGCCUAGAUCAGAUCAAUACCAUAAUUGAUGAGGAGCCCCAACAGGAGAGGCCCAUUGCCUUCAUGAGCUGCUUGUGCAUCUCCCAGAAGCAUCUGGUUAGCUAUUGUGUGAAACAGGACAUUGGACUAGAUGGACCCUCAGUCUGAUCCAGCAGGGAUCUGAACUUAGAAUCUUAUGUUCAUCAUACUUGGACCUUUUGUCCCUGCGACUGGGUCAUUCUUACAAUGUGACCCUUUGACAAGACAUUUCCUUGGCACAAUUGACAAUGCUUCUUUCUCAUCUCAGUAGGACUCAUUACAUCUGGGGCAGGCUAGGUAUGCAUGAGUGGUGAUAGCACUAUUUGCUGACUUGGAGAACAAGAAGAACAACAUUGUUCCUUUCCCGAACAGCUGAUAGGUACUAUCCUUGUUUUUCCAGCAAGGCCUAUAUGAACACCAUCCUGGCUGAUCGAUUAGACUAGGAACUCUGUAGGCAGCACCCUAUCGCAUGCUCAUUUCCUCAGACAUCUUAGGAUAUAUGGAUGCCCUGGAGCAGUCUUUUAAAAUGUUUCCCAGGAGCUCAACAGAAAGCAAACAAGCAGCAGUAGUUUAGCUAUAGAGAGUCCAUCGCUUGCAAGCCAAAAGAGUGAGGCCUCUCCAUUGGCACUGACUGCAACUUUCUGUGCAGUGGCUCCCACUCUUGAGGAGAAAGGCCAGUUUGUAAAUCAAGUAGAGGCUCAAAAGAAACUUCAGAGGAAACUUGCCUGCAUGUAAAUUCCUUCUUUGCAUCACAGGCAUGAUCUGCUAAUUGUAUAAUGUGCUUUUUCUUUUAGAACUAGUAGUAACAGCAGUAACAGCACUUGCUAGCGAAGAGCGGGGGGGAGGGAGACAUGCAGUGCCUUCCAGAUGUUGUUGGGUGCCUGUUCCUAGCAUGGCGAGGGGUCAAGGAUGAUGAGAGUCAUAGUCCAACAACAUCUGGAGAAGAUGUGGCUGAAGCUGUCAGUUUGGAAAAAGGGAAAAACUCA